AUUCAUUCUAGAUUUCAGCAAGAAUUAUUACUUGUGUUUGCACUGAUUUUGGUGCCGGCAAUUGGAUAAUAGAAUAUUCAGUGAAGAUUUAAAGUUAAAAAACUGAAAUGCCGGUUGGAAACAUUGGACAUGGGGGAGGCCAACAGAAGCCAUCAUGUUGGAGCACGAUAAAGAUGGGGUUUGGUAUGGGCUUCGCUGUGGGUAUGGGGGCUGGGGUCAUCUUCGGGACUUUUGGGGGGCUAAGGAUGGGGUUACGGGGCCGAGAACUCAUCGGAACAAUUGGAAAGACGAUGGUUCAGAGCGGGGGAACUUUUGGAACAUUUAUGAGCAUUGGGAUGGGGAUGCGAAACUGUGUUUAGAGGAUUUUAAUGAGUUGAUCAUUAUGUUUUGAAGAUUGUAUGUAAAAUAGUUUCAACUUUUGUAAAGAAGAUGAAACUAGCUAUGCAUUCUGUGCCCUGGUUUAUUAAUAAUAUUAUUGUAAUUUCCAUGUUGCCUUUGAUGGAUUUUUUGAAAGAUUGAUAAUUAAGUAAACAGCAAUUCAAUAGUUUUCCAAUGUUAAAAUAACAUUUCAAAAUUUGUUUUUUUUGCAAUGAACUAGUAUAUGGUCAAGUGUUUAAUUAUAACAGUAUGGCUGCUGUUCAGUAUAAGUUGGAAGGAAACAAACUUUAUGCUCAGAAGAAAUAUGAAGACGCCAUCAAGCAAUACACGAAAGCCAUUGUUAAACAAGAAUUCAUCCAUGUCUGUAUUUUAUACAAAUCGAGCUUUGUGUAAUAUCAAGCUACAAAAGUGGGAGGAGGUAGCCUCAGAUUGCAAAGCAGCUCUUGAAAAUGAUGCACAAUCGGUCAAAGCUCAUUUCUUUAUGGGCCAAUCCAAUCUUGAAUUGGAAAAAUUUGACGAUGCUAUCGUUCAUUUAAGCAAAGCCCAUGAACUUGCAAUGCAACAAAAACUUAACUUUAGUGACGACAUUUGCUUCUACUUGAGAUUGGCUAAACGGAAAAAAUGGGAGAAAUCGGAAAAAGUUAGAAUACAGCAAGAAAUUGAAUUGCAGAGUUACUUGAAUCGUUUAAUGCUUGAAGAUAAGCAACGGGAGGUUGAAGCUAAAACUAAAAGUGUUGAGACAAAUAAAGAUGAACAGAAAAUUUUAGAAGAAAUUGAAGAAAAAUUUGAAUCACGUAACCAGGAGCUGAACUCAUUGUUUGCACAAGUUGAUGAAAGAAGGAAGACUCGUGACGUGCCUGAUUUCUUGUGUGGGAAAAUUAGUUUUGAAAUAAUGAAGGAUCCCGUUAUAACUCCCAGUGGAAUAACUUACGAUCGUCAUCUGAUUGAAGAACACAUACAGAGGGUUGGACAUUUUGAUCCAGUGACUCGGCACAAUUUGGAACUGAAUCAACUCAUACCGAACAUUUCCAUGCGUGAAGUUAUUGCCAACUUUGUUGAAGAAAACGGUUGGGUUGAAGAAUAUUAACAACGUUUUGAUUUUUUCAUCUUAUUUAAUAAAUGGUUCCCUUUUUUUCUUUUUUUGCUAUCAUGAUCAGUAGUCAUGAAUGUUGUAGUAGUACAUCUUACUCUUGUCCUUUCUUGCUUUGUAUGCUGUUUUGCAUUUCCUAUCUCACUAAACACGACUUUCAUUUUGAAACGUUUGUAAACUUUAUGCUUACUAAAUUGAGUUUAUUUUUACUUUAAACAAUUUGCAAACAAAUGGUAAAUACCCAAUUCUGAUAUAUUUUGUUUGUCAAAAUGGACAUGUUAGAAAUACUAAACCAAAUUCAAAAACAAGAUUGUAGUUCACACCGUCAAUUGUAAAUCACAUUAUUUACGUUUUACAUAAACGUUUAGAGUCUCAGAUUUAAAUCAUGCUGCAACUAAAUUAUAAGUUGCAUUGUAAAACAAAUAUACUAUAUUAGGAGUUUGUGAUAACCUUUAUGUAAUAUUUCUGUUAUUGUACAAAAACUGUUUUUUUUUGGGGUUUUUUUUCUUGACAAACUCUACUUUGAUGAGUUUUUUGUUUUCACUGUGAAUGCUGCUGACAUGAUUUAAAAAUAAACUACUGAGUAUUGAAAAU